AUGACGCAAUCUACUGUCAACCCUGUUCCCUCUACCAGUGUUCCUCUCAAUGGUGUCGACCCAUCACUCGAAGGUCUUGUGCGAGGUGCAUUGAAUCUUGGCGAAGGCAAACCACUCACUGAAGAAGAUAUGACCAAGUUACUCGAAACACUCAACAAGAAUGAUCUCCCUGAAAACCAACAAGAAAACGCAAAGGAGCUCAAAGCCACGCUUGAAGCAGCACGACAACCUGAUGGCAAGAUUGAUGAGACGGUCGUGUACACUGUUUUAGGAUCAUUCUUAUCGGAUGGUCAACAUGUUGAGGAGAUAGCAAAUACCAUUGGAGACUUUGAGAUUCGAUUUUAA